AUGAGCGGCUCCAACGACAAGUCGUCCGAAUUGGACCGCAGUGCAUCGCUCAGGACGUCCUUGAGGUUGUCCCACGUCCAGUCCAACGUCCAGGGCGAUGAUGACGACUAUGACCUGGCAGCAAUGGGAAUCUCCGACGGCUUUCGACCGGUCGAAGUCGCACAGAAUCACAAUUCGUCUCACAUUCCGAGGCCGUCUGUGUCUUCCCUCGAGCCCCCGGCAGCACUCUUCGCGCCACCGCGCCCGUCGAGUAUCUCUAAGCCUCACCGCCCGCACGAGUCUCUGUCCCUGCGAAACGAGGGCCCGCCAAUGGACCCCGUCGACGAAACAGUGCCGACCAGAGCAUCCAGCGUCUCUACAACCUCACCGUUCGUUAACUCGGAAAUACCUUACGAAGGUCCUUCAGGCCCUUCACACCCAUACCAGAUGUAUCCGCAGGAUGUCCGACUGGCAAGAACUGCCAGUCUAGCCACUACUUCGACAGCACCCGUUUCGGAGCGAUCGUAUAAUGGACCUCGAGGCCCAACUCAUCCCUACGGCAUGUACCCGCAGAACACGGUGCCCGAGUCCGAAGCCGGGACAAGUCGACCAGCGCAGAGAGAAAUCCAUGUGGGAUUUCCCGGUGCAAAUGAUAAUUACCAAAGGAGGAUAGGACCGGAUGGCGAGGACGCUGCCGAUCUGAUUGGGCCUGACGGACAUACGGAACAGCUGCCUCCCUAUACGAGAUACCCAGAUGAGGCGUACAAUAGGAAGGCGUUGGGCAUAGACACACCUCAAGCGGCACCAGUACAACUGACGCCAGUACAACCGACGUUGGCGAUUCCAGGUGCGGGAGGUAUUGGGCUCGCGACCAGAGACCCCGAAUUUGCCUCGACGGAGGAUCUUCACGGUGCCAACUCGCCUGAGUCCCGUCGAUCAGUCCGCAGCUUUACUUCUGAUGCUACCAGCCACGAAGGGAUCAACAUGGCGGCAGCGGCAGUAAUCACAGACGAGAAGAAGCCUCUAAAGAACUGGCAAGUAGCCGCGAAGCGGAAAGUAUGGGGCAUCGUUCCAUGCUGGGCCCUGACUUUAGCGGUAUUCGUUCUCAUCAUGAUGGGUGUGGUCCUCGGGACGGUCAUAGGAACGCUCUUGGGCCAUCACUCGGACCAUAAGGGGCCACAUGCAGACAGGCCGCCUCAACCAGCAGUAACAACGAUUACCUACGAUGCCACGCCCCUUUCUACCGUACCGCCAGGCUUGCCGGACUUGGCAGAGGGUACUUACGCCAUGCCUCUCAUGAAUACCCGCAUGUCGAACACGUGCUUUAAUGACACCACACAAGCGCAAGCGUGGAACUGCAACUUUGUCUUCUCUCAGCUGUCCAUGGUAGUCGAGAAGCUUCGGAACGUCCCAGACACACUGGCCUACUCAAUGAACUUCACAUACAAUGAUACGUACACAAUCCAAAGAUACAUCUACAGCUAUGGCGUGCAGCCACCGGACCUGACCGAUCUGCAACUCAAACUAGUCAAUGACAGCUACGAGUCCGCUACGCGAGGACCGGCGUGGGCGUUCGAAAUCCCUUACAACAAGACGAUCAUCCUUCCCGAAGAGUUUUUGACACCCGCCAGCUCAACGAAUAAGAAGCUCCGACGCAUGGAUUUCAGCGGCGAUUUUAGCGGCGAUUUCAAGCGGAAGGGCAUCGCGCAGGUGGGAGACAAACCAUGGAUCUGCCACUGGAAUAGCACGGUGCUAGAGACCUUCAUCUACGCGAGCCAAAACAGCAGCUACAGCCGUCCUGUCGGGCUUGACGGGUCGGAUAGUGCCUCAGCAACAGCCACCCCGUCAAGUGAUAACGCGGCCAGCGUACCGGCCGCUUCGGCUGCUUCACCCACAAGUGCGGCAGAGACGACGAGUGUCGAACGACGGGAUGCACAGCGGGAGGAGUUUGGGGAGCAUUCCCCAUUAUUCUCAGAUAGCGACGUGGAAUACGGUAACCAAUACCUUUCAAGUUUCGGAACUACGUCUUCCCCAACGACGUAUGUGGAAUCCGUAACGGUAACAACCACGGCAGCUCCGUCGUCCUCCGCCACGGACUACUUCAGUAACAACCCCAUGCCGCCUAACAAGGACCCACCUUACCCGAGAGUCGUCAAAAUGGAGGAGCGCCGUAUUCCUGGCUAUGCGACAACUAUGCCGUGGUGUCGCCAAUUUGAAGUGAUAGCCGACGGCGUUGAGGCACGGCCGGUUCUCGAUGCGAGUGGCAAUUUCAUCGACGUUGAAAUCGUCGAAGAAGAUUCGAAGUACGAGACUCCGACCUCGAAACGAGCUGUCGCCGACCCGUUUUUAACAAACCGCGACAGCGAUAAUUCGGGCAACGACAUGACUGACUGCGGCUGCAUGUGGUGGCUCACCUGA